AUGGCCUCGUCAAGCAGCAACACCAAACUCAUCGCCUUCAUGGGCGCCUCCGGGGGCAUCGGCCUAGGCGCAUUAACCCGAGCACUAGCUGCAGGCCACACUUGCAUCGCACUCUGCCGGACCCCAUCCAAGCUCACAGACCGAUUCCCCGCAGACCAAUUUCCGAACCUAAAGAUCGUACAAGGCAACGCGCACGACGCCGCCGCCGUAGUCCAAUGUCUAGUCGUCGGGACCCAACCCGUCGACGCCAUCGUCUCAACCAUCGGCGGCGUCCUACAAUUCUCGCGCAUGACGCUGGACGACCCACACGUCUGCGAGAAGGGCAUGUCAGCACUACUAGCCGCCAUCUCUCUCGUACGGGAAAGCCACCCCUCCCUCCACUGGCGUCCGCGUGUCGCCGUGGUAAGCACAUGCGGGAUCUCGCAGUCGGCGCGCGACGUGCCCAUCUUGUUCGUGCCCAUGUACAAGAUCAUGCUGCGGGUGCCGCACGAAGACAAGAUCGCCAUGGAGAAGCUGCUCGUGGAAGGGGCGGGGAAGUGCGGCUACACGUAUUCGAUCGUGCGGCCCAGCUUCUUGGUCGACGAGGCAGCGCCGCGGAGGGAGAUACGGGUGGGUUUGGGGGAUGCGCCAGCGGUGGGGUAUGUGAUUUCUAGAGAUGAUGCGGGGAGGUGGAUUUACGAGAAUUUGUUGGAUGGGAAGGGGGUGAAAGGGGGGAUGUAUGAGGAUACGAUUGCUACGAUUACUUGGUGA